UAAUGACGUCACACAUUUGAAAUCGGUCAACAUGGCGGUACUCUCGAUACUAGUCAAAACACUAAUGGCUAGCUACUAACGACGAUUGCACUCGGCUUCCAAUGAAAAUAUGCACGAAAUUUGGAGCUUAACAAGAGGAUUGCAUUCUACAGUGUUAACAAAGGAGGAUUACAUGUGAACACCCUGUUGUCUGAAGAGGGAAAUACCUUCAAGUGCUGCUAUUUUAGGUUUCGUUUAUGAUCAUCAAACCGGAAGUCACACAGGAAGAGUAUCAGUAUACGUCCAUCUAAUCUGAGAGAACAUUAAUAGUUCAUAGCUGCUCAAUAGUAGGAAGAAAAUAGAUCAGACACUGCAGAGACAAGAUACAUAUAAACCAUGUAACAAAAAGGGUUUCCUGUCAAACAAUUUCCAGACUACAUGCAUUUUAUUCUUUGAGCUCAUCGCCCUGCAGAGGAAAUAUCUAUCCUGUAGUGCUGCAGGAUUUUUUAUACUCGUGAAUUUGCCUCCUUUGGAGGGGCCAGACUGUGGACAUGGCAGGGAAGACGUUGGAUGACAUCUUCAAUGAUGUUCUGAAGCAGGACACUACGUCCAAGUUUCAGGCUUCAGAGGAUUUGCAGAACUAUCUCCAGGACAAUGAGAAUUCUAUGCAUUGUGACAACAUGGACAGAUUGGUGGAUGCCCUGGCAGGAUGGGUCAAUAGUAGCAAUUUCAAGAUAUCCCUCUGUGGUCUUGAGUGUCUACUGCUGCUUGUCGAUAGAAUAGGAGAAAAAUUCAAGAAUCAUAUAGGAACAGUUUUACCGGCAGCACUUGACAGAUUGGGAGAUAGCAAGGAGCAGGUUCGAGAACAUUCUCAAGCUCUCAUUCAAAAGCUGAUGUCACCUGCUUCUGCACCACAGUUUGUAUUUGAGAGGCUGAUGAAAGGAUUUUCGCACAAAGGCUGGCGUGUUCGAGAGGAAGUUCUACUAUGUUUAAUGCAGACGAUUAAUGUAUUUGGUGCUAAUUCAUUAUUACUAAAUAAAAUAGUUCCAUCAAUAUGCAAGCUUCUCGGGGAUCCCAACAGUCAAGUAAGAGACACAGCAAUCAACACUCUAGUUGAGAUAUACAGACAUGUAGGAGAGAAGGUUAGGAUAGACCUGGGAAAAAAGGGCAUUCCAUCAUCAAGGUUAUCUAUUAUUUAUGCCAAGUUUGAUGAUGUGAAGCGGUCUGGACAAAUGUUGGUGCAGCCUGAACAAAGUGCUCCUGCCAAACCAUCAGCAUCACAAGAUGAGACAGACAGUAAGCCUGCUGCUGCACAAAAAACUGCCCCUGCUAAGAGGCCUACCACAUCCACAACACAACGAAAGUCCAUCAGUAGACCAUCAACAGGCGCAAGCAGUGGUGCAGUGGAUGAGGCUCUCUUUCAAGCUUCCUAUGAAGAUGUCCCUAGUGUCUCAAUAUUCACAACGAAACAGUUGGAGGAUGACCUGAGUAAGAUGUCUACUAUUCUGAACAAUGAUAAAGCAGAUUGGGAACUUAGAGUAACGGCAUUGAAGAAAUUACGGGCAUUCAUCAUAGCUGGUGCUGCAGAGUACGAAUGCUUUGGUCAAUCACUCAGACAGAUGGAAGAGGCCCUCAUUAUGUCCGUCAAGGAUCUAAGGUCAACGGUCUUGAGAGAAGCUUGCAUCACAUUAGCGUUUUUGUCCAUUCGUCUGAGGCGGCAGUUUGACCACGCAGCAGAGGCAGUCUUACCCCAUUUGUUUACCCACAUCCAGAAUAGUGUAAAGAUUAUGGCAACAUCAGGCAUCGUUGCAAUAGAUGUUAUCAUUAGGCAUACACAUUCACCUAGGCUUAUAUCUAUUAUGAAAAGCAACGCAACUUCUAAGUCAACUGCCAUUAGGAAGCAAACAUUUCAAUACAUUAACACGGUUUUGAAUGUAUGGGACACACAUACAUUGGAGAGGCAUGCUAACCUACUCUCAGAGGCCAUACACAAGGGUAUUGAGGAUGCUGAUUCAGAAGCAAGGGCUAUCUCAAGAAAAGCAUUCUGGAAGUUCUCAGAGCACUUCAAGAGCCAUGCCGACAAGUUGUUCAACAACCUGGAUCCCUCCAAGCAGAAGAUGCUACAAGGAGAGCUCAGCCAAGCCUCCAGCUGUACCUCUCUAGACGGCAGGCCGCUCUCACGCUCCGCCACCGCCAGCUCGCAUGAAAAUCUAAGGUUGGCUAGGGAUUACAACACGGUGACUGCCAGCUUGCCAAGGAGAUCAGUAGCAUCAAGGUCAAAUCGAGCAUCAGAGUCUUUUCGGACCAGAGCGGACAAGCCCGCCCUCUUGAAUCAACGUUCCAGCAGUGAGAUCAACUUGGCGGCUGCGUCACGGGCCCGAUCGCGGUAUUCGUCGGCAGGUCAGAGGGCAGCCAGCGGGGCGGCGGCAAGAAUUUCUAGAUCUAAAUCCACCUCUCGGGAGAGCUUGGCUGCCACUCCAAGAGGGUCCUCUCUCCUUCAGACUCCUAACGGUCGUGCAGGGAGAACACGAUCUAGAAUCGGGAUUUCCCAAUCACAACCUGGUAGCAGAUCUAACAGUCGAUCAAGCUCACCUUCGACAGUCUCCUCCAGAUAUUCCAACAUCCAGACCAACGGCAGGACAAGAAGAAAGAGCGGUAUCCCAGUGCCUCGCAGUCAGGGAGCAAGCAGAGAGGCCAGUCCUAGCAGAUAUGGAUAUGCUAGUGCACGAGAGAGGCGGCAGAGUGGAUCAUCUCUUGGUCCAGCCCAGAGGGAGCCUAAGGAGAAGCAGAACAUCAUGGCCCAGAGAGUCCUGGUCCCUGGUCAAGAUGCUGAAGCUGCCCUAGCUGAUGCUCUGAUAUCCGCCCAGAGAGCCCUCAGGAGCAACUAUGGGUUCAGUUACGAUUCCGAUUACACCGACAAUUUGGCCCAGAAGGUGAUGCUAAAGAAGAGAUAUGAUAAUAACUUCUCCGACGAUGAGAGCGAUGCUUCCAGUGUGUGUUCUGUUGGAUCGUAUGGUUCGGGACCAGCAAAGAUUAUCGAGGAUGUACCUGAAGUCCUAAAUAAGAUGGCAAGUCCUGCAUGGUCAGAGAGGAAAGAAGGAUUGAUAGGUCUUCAGUACACCCUACAUAGCAACAGAGCACUCAGUCGAUCUGAAAUCAAGAGAGUGACAGAGUUAUUCUCAAGGAUGUUUGCUGACCCAUCGAGCAAGACAUUCAGCUUGUUUCUGGAGACCCUAGGGGAGUUCAUCAUUGUUCACAAAGCUGAGCUUCUAGAUUGGUUAUUUGUACUCAUCACAAGGCUAUUACAGAAGAUGGGUUCUGAUCUAUUGGGUUCAGUUCUCAACAAGGUUCAAAGGACUCUAGAAAUUGUCAGAGAAAGCUUCCCAUAUGAGAUCCAAUUCAGGAUACUAACCAAGUACAUCAUGGACCAGACACAAACACCAAACAUGAAGACAAAGGUUGCGAUGCUUCGAUUCAUGGAGAGCUUGACAGACGUAAUGGAUCCUGCAGACUUCAGCAACUCAGCGGAAACCAGGCUGGCUGUGUCCAGGAUCAUAGGAUGGACCAAAGAGGCCAAGAGCCCUGAAGUCAGGAGGGCAUCCCAAGCUGUGUUGAUAGCUCUGUUUGAACUCAACACCCCAGAAUUUAGCAUGAUGUUAUCUGUACUACCCAAGACCUACCAGCCAUCUGGCCCCUGGAACUAUCUGGUUCCCAACUUACCUAAUCAGACAUGUGGCUCCACGAUUACUGCUCAGGAGUACAGGAGUAAGGCAUCUCCACGGUCAGUCCUGAAAGCCUCCCCUCGAUCAACAGGUUCCUCACCCCGUGGGAGCUAUGCCAGCAAUGGCCCUCCAGACACCGAGUUCCUCAACUCUGAAGACAUCUACGACUCACUGCGCCGAACCACCGCCGAGAUUCAGAACUAUAUGCACAGCAGCCGCGACGACCUGGACCAUGUGGCUGUCACCAAGGACACGCGGGUGGACAGUGAUGAGGUAUUGCCUGACCUGGUGCCAGGCAUUAGAGUGGACAGUCCCGAGGGCAAGGUCAAGGAGUACCUGGAGUACCGUAUGGUAUCUGACCCAGACUCCAUGCUGUCACCCCCACCAAUCACCCACAGUAGAUCCUUCGGGGACUACCGUUCAGUAAGCGGUGCACGCUCUCCCACCCCACAAAAAAAGUUCCAUGCUGCCUCCUCCUCCUCCCAAGCCGAGUCCCGCAGCAAGGGCAGACCAAGACUGAAAAUCCCUUCGGCUGACGGGCGGGGAUCGCGCACCCAAUCCCCUGCUGCCCAGAACAGAGCUCGUGCACGCUCCUCAUCCCCAUCUCCUCCUGCUCUUGCUAAUCAAUGUUUCACAGAUUAUGACUCCUCCUCUCCUACCCCACCUGUCUUCUCUCCAGAUGCCCUCUCUGAACCUGUCUAUAAUCCCCUCCCUAUGCCCACCAAUGCUUUGUAUCGUGAGUCUGCUUCACCUGUCUCUUCUCGUAAAAACCCUCCUUCUUCCCGGGGCAUAGCAGAUACCAUGGGUAGAAUGACAGUGACCGACGGUAAUUACGAGGAUGAGACUUUCCCCGAAGUAGAUCACCAAGAUAUUCUGGUUCCUCUUUUGACUGAGCUGUCCAAUCAUAAUGGAAGGUUUGAAGAGAGAAAGAAUGCAAUGAUGCAGCUAAUCCGUCUCACCCGGUCUGAGAGCCUCUCGCUUUGGGAUGAUCACUUCAAGACGGUGCUCCUUCUUAUGCUGGAGACAUUAGGAGAUGUAGAGUCAUCAAUCCGAGCCAUGGCACUGCGUGUCCUUCGAGAGAUCCUCCGGAAUCAACCUGAUCGCUUCAAGGACUAUGCUGAGCUUACAAUCCUCAAGAUAUUGGAGGCACACAGGGAUCCACACAGUGAGGUUGUAAGACAGGCAGAGGAGACUUCAGCCACCCUGGCUAUUUCCAUUGCUCCUAGCCAGUGUGUCCGAGUCUUGUGUCCUAUCAUCCAGACAGCUGACUGCCCCAUCAACCAGGCUGCCAUCAAGAUGUUAACCAAGGUUGUUGAACUGAUGUCAGAAGCAGACGUACUGGAAAUCUUACCCGAAGUGAUUGUAGUUCUACUCAAGUCGUAUGAUCACACUGAGAGUAGUGUCCGAAAGGCCAGCGUCUUUUGCCUGGUGGCCAUCUAUAACAUCAUAGGAGAUAAACUCAAAGAGAAGCUAGCGGACCUACCAGGGAGUAAGAUGAAGCUGUUGAACCUGUACAUUAAGCGUGCUCAAGCCGAGAAGGAAGCUCAGACACCCUCUCCCAGUAGUCCUUCAGCUUUAUCCACUGGCAGCAGAUAGUAGCCGUCCCAAUAUCAGACUGUACGCACUAACAAACACAUGCCCCUGUGGAUGGGACUGUUAUUAGAGACCUGAGCAAGAACUCUGAAUCGGUGCACCAUCAGGAUACAUUUACAUGCCAUAAGUGUGUAAUGAAUUCAAUAACCUGCAAGCACUCUUCUCAAGUAAAUGUAUCCGCAAUUAGCUGACCCAGAAUCAGAUUGUCACCCGCAGCACAUAUGGGAAUCAAUGGAUGGGACUAUUAGGAGAGAACUGAUCAGGAAUUCUCACAGGUAGUGCAACAUCCAUGACUGUAGUAUAGGCUGUUAAAGUGUGAUCUACUCAGAAUCCCAUCAGUUCUCUCUUCUGGUAGUAGAGAGUAGUGGAUCAAACUAUGUUAACUAACACAUACUCCUUAGGGUGGGACUGUUAAAAAGACAUGAUGAAGAACUCAGCUACUUAGUCUAUUAUGACACUGCACUAUAUUUAUGUGUGUCUAGCAACAUCUUUGAAAGCGACAGGGAAUUCUCUACAGGUUUUCCUUCACUGUCCGAAGAUCAGACUUUGUAAACCAUCACACUCGCACGCCUGCACCCAACUAUGGAUAAGACUAUGGGCAGAAGUAAGGUGAUUAGGGAUUCAUGUGCCACUGCUUAACAUGAGACUAUGCGAGCUGUCUGUCAGGAUCUCUUAAUAAUGCACAUUCUAAAUCAAUGAUCUCAUCAGGAUUUCAACCUUUGUUUAGCUCCCUCUUAAGAAAUUAAUCAGCUCACCUGCUGAGAGCAAGAAGGUCACUAACUCUAUGCAAGUGUAUGUGAUUAACUCCCUACUGGUUCUCAAUAGAAAAUCCCUAUUUGUCAAUGCCACUAUUGGCCAUUGUUGGAAAUAAUGUCAAUAUGUUCUUUAUGAGAGGCAUGUAUAAGGCUACAAGUCAUCCUUUCUAAAGGCUUUUAAGGUCACAACACUUUGGAAAAGUCAUCAAAAGUUCCUGCAACAAUGUAGCCAGGUGCAUACUUGUCAGUAUACAUUGUACAUGAACUUAUGAAAAUAGAUCAAUGCAGUUAUGGAUUACAGAAGAUUAAGGCACCCUUCUAUAAAAGUAUUGAGUGCAUGAGGUACAUCUGUACUUAUGUAAGGUAAUAUUGCGCAAAAGAUAGGACAUUAGGUGGUAUUGAUUGAAACUUGCGACCCUUGGUGAGCAGUUGAAUUUAGGUAGCUAACAACAUUUUUGUAUGAAAUAUUGAACCUCACUGCCAUUUAUGUCAAAGCUGUGGUGAUUUGAGAACAAUCUCUUAAGGGAAGAUGAACUAUAGUGUUAUUGGCUGGCCAAAGUUUGAUCAUUUGUAUUCUUGAUAUUAUCAAAUAUAAACUCAUUAUUCUUUCAUUUUGAUGACUUUUUUCUCAAGGAAACUUUUAAAAUUGACUAAUAUACUCAGAUUGAAUUAAUAUCAUUCACAAAUUGAAGAUUCUAGAAGCAGUGUACCAAUUGAACACGAGAAUUUAGAUAUUUGAUAAUAGUGAAAAAAUUCCAAUAGGAUAUACAAAAAUAUAUGACUCACAAAUAAGGAGAGUGUUAGCGGGCAAGAAAUUAUCAUUAUUAUUCAUAUUUACAUAAUGACAAACACAUAUCUUUGGGAAAAGGGGCCUCCUUAUUAUAUUUUGUAUGAGAAAGUUGGCAUCAUUAUUUGGGGGAAUGAAAGAAUUUUUGAUUGAUUUAUUUGAGGGCCAAAUCAGGAAAUUGAUAGAGCAAUGGUUUUCAGUCCAAUGUAGAAUGGUUUUGAAUAAUGUUGAAUUCUGGUCAUUUGGUUUUGAUGUUACACGUAUCUGAAAUUAACAUGUUUAUGGUAUAGACACCAGAAAGAUAGAUUGAAGGAAAUAUGUAUAUAAUUGCACAACGAAGAAUGAUUUGGGCACUUUUCGUCUGUUUGUUCACAUACAUAAUGGUAUUUUAGCAAGCCUUUGAAAUGUCAAAAUUGUAUUUAUUGUAUGCUAUGAUAAAAAGUAUAACAACUUGGCAAGGACACAAUAAAUGUCUAUUUAAUCAAGAACAACUUCUUCAUUCACCACUAUCACAACCAUUUGCCCAAAUGGUAUUGAAAUCUGGAUCAAUUUAGCCAAAGAAAAACAUGCAGCCCUUUUUGUCCCCUGCUCAUAUGUUUCAAUGUGUAUUGUUUAUUUUGUAUUAUCUCUUUUUGGUCAGGAGAUUCAUGGUAUAAAUUCUACAUAGCUUAUUUUUAAUAUGUGCCUUCACGGUUUUUCAUCUCAAAGCAUCAAUGGACAUCUGCUUAGGAUGGAAGUAAAUUUUCACCUUCGCCGCGAUCAGCAAUUUUUUGUUGGAUUUUUUGAGAAUUAUAUGCAUUGCAUUAAACCUGUUGAUAUUCAUCUCAUGGUUAUAUUUGUUUUUAUAAAUAAAAUCAAACAACAUAAGAGAGGGUUUUAGAAAAAUUCUAACAGAAUCCAACAAAAAUCGCUGAAUACUCAUCUAAAACCCUCUCUGUGUUAUUAGACUUUAUGUAUAAAAUAAAUAUAAC